AUGAAGACGUCGAAUUUAUACCAUUUGGCGACCCUGAUCGCGCUCUCGAAGCAGAUCACCGCAUAUGGUAUAACGGGUCUAUCCGGUGGAGUCAACUUCGAUACUGGCGAACGACCGGCACGUCGUGAUCUGAGAGACUUGCAAUCCUCUGGAGCGGCAUUUGAUCUCUACAUCCAGGCACUUGCUCAAUUCCAAGCUGAUGACCAGAGUGAUAUGGUCUCUUAUUACGAGGUUGCAGGAAUCCACGGCUACCCUUACCGAUCCUGGGAUGGCGUAGAUGGGCAGUUCAGUACCGGCUACUGCUCCCAUGGCUCGCCCAUCUUCCCGACUUGGCAUCGACCCUAUCUCGCCCUUUUCGAGCAGAGAUUAUGGCAAUACGCUCAAUCCAUCGCUGCCUCAUACCCGGAUGACCAGAGGCAAACAUACGUUGAUGCAGCAACUACAUUGCGAGUGCCAUAUUGGGACUGGGCGGUGAAUCCUAACAUGCCGGACAGUCUUGUGUACGAGUCUAUUGUGAUCAAUACGCCGACGGGACAACAGACUAUAGAUAAUCCUUUGUACUCGUACAAGUUUCACCCCUUGCCAUUGGGGAGCGAUAUUCCCAGUGAUGAUCCUCUUGCGAAGUAUCAGGAAACGGUUCGAUCACCAGACCCAAAUACUGGCCUGAGUCGGAUGGACAACGUCAAUUCGGGCAUGUCGUCCAACUCGGCAUGGUUGACAUCAAGCACAUACCAACUCUUGUCAUCCGAGACAAAUUACACUGUUUUCUCCAACUCCGUGCUCAAAGAUAGAGGCGACAACUACAACAACCUCGAAAGUAUUCAUGAUGGUGUGCACGCGCUGGUCGGUGACGGCGGACACAUGACAUAUUUCAGCAUGGCAUCAUUUGACCCUAUUUUCUGGAUUCAUCAUUGCUCGAUCGACCGUGUUUUCGCUCUCUGGGAAGUCCUCAACCCUGACUCAUACAUCGAACCCAUGGGAGAUACGUACGGCACCUUCGUUAUCGAAGCAGGUACCGUCGAAGACAUCAACACUCCCUUAUAUCCGUUCCACCGCUCAGACGACCCCAACGACUUUUGGACAUCAGGUAGCAGCCGCUCAACUCGAGAUUUUGGCUAUACAUACCCUGAAAUUCAGGACUGGGGCGUUGACCAGGGUACACUACAGAACAACGUGCGUACUGCCAUCAACAAUCUGUACAAUGCUCCAGCACGGAAGGGUCGCGCAGCGCCCAAGAAUAAGAGAGAUCUCUUGGAUGAUUUCAAGAACGCGCCGCAGGAGUUAACUGGUCUGGCUGCGAAUGAGGUCACUGGCCAAAUGACCAAGACACGAUUCGAUAGUCUAGGAGUAAACAAUAUGGUCAAGAACUGGGCCAUUAACGUCGCUGUCGACAAACACGCGCUUGAGGGAAACCCUUUCCAGAUUCAUUUCUUUUAUGGCGAGCCUGACAGUCAGCUCGGCCCUAGCGAAUAUUCGAGCGCACCAAAUUUGAUCGGCACAUAUCGCACAUUCACCAGUCCGAUGUCUUCCCAUAACCAAAAACAUCGUCGUGCAUCCACCAACAAUCUCUCGACAGGACAGAUCUCUUUGUCCCCACUGCUAGCUAACGCAAUCUCCAACGGUAUUCUACCGGACACCAGUCUCGCCCCGGAAAGUGUCGUCCCAAAACUAUCGAAGAAUCUUGAAUGGCGUAUAACGGAUUCUUCGGGCCAGAAUGAGGUUCCCGUUCAGGAUUUAGCGGAUAAAGUUGAAGACGUGCCACUUGCUGAUGUGCCACUUGCUGAUGUUCCGCUUGCUGAUGUUCCACUUGCAGUGGUGCCAGUUGCGGAUGAACUGCUGCUGGUUGAUGCGGCUCCGAAAACGCCCCCAUUGACAGAAGCCGGUACAGUAGUAUCAUUCGCCAUGGCUGCGGAGGCCUUGAAAGCCGCAAGUGUAUUCGGACCGUUGGAACUGAGCAAGGAUUAA